CAAUCGAAAUCAAAAUAAGUGUAUGCCUUUACCUCAAAAUAGGUCAUCUGUUGAGGGACCUUUUUACUAAUUUCCCAAAAAUUAAAGAUAUUAAUUGGCAUAUUCUUUAAUUUUUAUUUUUCACAGCUAAAUAUUAUACUAUAACAAAAUGUUUAUUUUAAUGUUGUUUAUUUAAAUAUUUAUUUCAUUUCCCAGGUUCCGAUCACCAUUCACCUCCUGCGGCCGCGCCGCCGCGGAUAAUCCAUCAAACUCGGCCGGUUUUGACUGCCGUCACAUUCCACACCGCCCUCUGUCGAUCCUCAAUCCUCAGCAGUCUCCACCGCCAGCUUUCUAUUUAUCAACGUUUCCACUUUCCACUCAAGCACGAUUUUGGUGGUUGUUUGAAUUCAGAAUCAGUGCUUCCCAGAAAUAAGCACCCAAAUCAAAUAUCAAAUCAAGUUGAAGCAAGACUCUUCAAUCGACUAGAAACAUGAAAUACUCUAAGUGCUUGUGUUUCUACUUUCUGAUCACGGUACUCAGUGGUCCAUCAUCCAUCCAUGGAAACAUGAUAUAUGACAAGGUUUUGUAUGUUGGUGAAGAGCUGUUCAAGGAAACACUGCCACUACAAAAUGGUGCUUGCCUCUACCAAUUACAAAGACUGAGUCCCCAUAGGUGGUACGAAGUGAAGAUAUCAUAUCCUGCUUCUAUACCUGCCAGUUUUUCCCUGCAACUGCAUAGAGGUACAUCAGGCUUGGAGAUGAAUCACGGAAGAAAAUUGCUCAACACAGAAAAGUUAAUUUUCAAGACUGACGAUAUACUCUCGUUGAAUGAACAGGGUGGAAUAUAUGUUAUGGUGAACGUGGAACCCGAAGGGAUUGUUGCACUACCAGGGAAACAUGAGAGGGAAUAUGUCAUGUUCAAUAUAGUUUGCGAUGAACUGUUGUUGGGCAUUCCCCACAAGGCUUGGUAUGUUGUAGUUCUGGUGUUGAUAUGUCUGGUAUUGGCGUUUGUGGUCCCGCGUUUUCUUCCCCCAGUUUUGCUGCCGAAAAAUCGAAUCCCGCCAUUAUUCGACCAGACUGUUGCAAAGGAUUCAUGAAGUUUAUUUUUUUGCCACAUAAUAUUUCAUAGGCAAAUUCUGCAGAGAUUUAACCGAGAACUGGAUGAUUUAGCUGGAGAUUGAUUAUUGACUGAGUUACUGAAACGGGUGUAGGGAACUCAGCCACUUUAACUCGCAAAAAGCAUUAUUGUUUGGCUUUGUUUGUUGGUUUUAGUUUUGGACCCUUCGUAACCUCUAUUCGAAUGAUAUUCUCAGUAGUGUUCCAUAUGAUUCUCUCACGCAGUUCUUGUGUAGAAAAAAAAGUGAUAAAAAGAUGCACAUUUGCUCCAUUAAACCUGCUGAGCCAAGCGAGCUGUCAUAUGUAGCUUCAAACAUACAAAAAAUGUAUCGGGUAAUUUUCCACCUUAGAUUAUCACACAUGUAUAAGUGUAAAGUAUAUACGAAUUCUGAAACGUGUAUGGUGUGACGUGUUCACGUUUUUCUGUUGCAUAUGUAUAAUGAUCUCCCCUUUUGUACG